AGGUCUGACAUGUAGUUUAUGCAUUUCAUUUCCUCUGUUUGGUUAACAGGAACAUGGUGGAAAUGCAAAGAAAAUUUUGAAAAUCACAAGAUCAAUAACUAAACUUGGUUUACAUUUUGCCAACUGCAGUGAGAAUAGGUUGUAAGAUCUCCGAAACUGUGAAGGGGAAGUUGACCAUGGGGGCUCGAAUUCUUCACCUAGAAGGGUUGAAGAGAGUUUUCAAGCACAUUUUUGUGUUGAGAGCCUCCCAAUUCAACAUUUAUGUAAAUUUUUUUUUUUUUUUUUUUUUUCUUCAGGUCUCAAUCCCAGUGAGAGAGAUAAAGAGAGUAGACCAAAGUGAGAACAUGAAAAAGCCAUCUCAGAACUACAUGGAUAAUUUUUAGUUCUUGUUUAUAGGGUUCUUGAAUUAUCAGAAAGCUUUCAACCGUCUUCAACAGGCACUGUCUCAAUCUUGAAUGAGUUACAUAUCAACCCAGAAAUUAUUCAAGGAGACAUGUUUUUCCCCUCUGCUUCAUCAAAUGCAUUAACAUUAAGCAAAAACAAAGCUUCUGGACAACCAAAACCCGUGUAAACUUUUUUCCUUUUGUUAAUGAGAAAUUGAUCUCCAAUUCUUCUUUGGCAAUGAGCGUGUCUGGCUUUUGGAUUAUAUUAUAUACCCUUAUACUGCCUGAAAAUUGGCAAAUCACAUUAUCAUUUUUGUCGUAUCAAUCCCUUCAUUCAAUGGACUUGAAUGGUAUAUGCUGAUGCAUAUGUUUUCGCUGCAUAUUUAAUUGACAAACCUUGGUGAUGGCUGUUAUAAUGUGUCCAUGACAGUCGUUUUAUGUUGCUGGGUCCCCAAACUGUGGGCUAUUUUAUCCAUCCUCGUCAAAAAGCGAAAAAUCUAGAGUUGAGUCCUAGUUUGGCAUGUGGGAAAAAUGGCUGAAUUGGCAGUGACGUAGCAGAUAUCAUUCUCAGAAAUCCUGUGAGGGCCUUUGGAUUUCUUAACUCAUUUAGUCGAUGUUUUUGUGCCGAGAAAAGCCAUUUGGAAAGGGGUGAAGCAAACUUGAAUCAUCUAGAUGGCCUACGCCGCCUACCACCCAUCCCUUACACAUCACCAUGAAGAUGAGAGAUGCCAAAAGGGUUUUUCAUUCCAGAGCACAUGGACACUUGGUCGGUACUUUGACUUGUUGGCCAUUUCAGUCCUUUUCAAAUGGCCACUUCCUUCUCCACAAUGGCCUAUCUUUUUCUGCAAAAGGUCUGGCUAUAUCCAUGGUCAUGGUGAAAUCCACCAAGUCAUGAACUCCCCACUUCCUCAAGUGGUAAAACACCAUAGGAGUUAGAACACGGAGCUCGGUUGGAUAGUUCCUGGCAACUUCUGCUAUAAAUCCAGGGAAUGUGAUACUCUCGUUCAACUUCCAACCGUUUAGGACAAAGUGGUUGUUGGGAUUGGUGGUUGGAUAUAAUCUCCAAAGGAUGACAUAUAAUCCUUUAAAUAUUGAGAGAUCUUCACUAUAUCUGUUCUUUAAGAUUGUCAUUUGGCUGAUGCAGUAAUCCAUCUGUAAUGCAAAUGCCUUUUUGCUUCUUUUUUUUUUCCUAAUAUCAAAAGAGAAGUCUUCAUAAAGCUUAAAUGACAGCUCAAAAAGCUUCAAUGACACAUUCAUACAGUCAGCAUAUUCAACUUCCAUGUAGAUAUCUUAAAUAAUAUGACCAAACAACCUUCUUUUAACCCAAUACAACCUUCUUGGAUAUUGUCCCAAAAGAACAACUGGUUCUUUUUACUAUAGCCUUUAGAAAUGUGAAAAAAUUUCUUUAAGGUUAUCGUCUGUGCCUUUCUUUUUGUUACUGAUCCAUGAAUGACUUAUCCAACUAAAGUUAAAGGUUCACCUACCCUGUUCUUCCCUUUAAAUACACUGGCAUUCUUCAAGGUUUGAUCAACCUCUGAGAGUACUGCUUCUUCAAUCUCUGAAAGGAGAAAGCAUUGUGGAGCACUAGCUGCAGUUUGAGAUAUGAAGAACCAGCUUGCACGACAGAUCAAUGGUAUCCCAGUUAGCUGCCAAAAUCAGAAUCCCUCUUCUUCAAAUACAUCUCUGGCAUUAACUCAUAGUAAGGUGGACAGAAAGAAGAAUAUGAUGAUCAGAUAUGAGAAAAAGGCCAAUAAUUUUGUACAUGGAAUCAGAGAACAUGUGAGAUUAGGACCUAAGAUCUCUGAAACAGUGAAGGGGAAGUUGAGCUUGGGGGCUAGAAUUCUUCAACUAGGGGGAGUGAAGAGAGUUUUCAAGCAAAUUUUUGGUGUUGGAGAAGGAGAGAAGCUAUUGAAGGCUUCUCAAUGCUAUUUAUCAACAACAGCAGGCCCUACAGCUGGCCUCCUCUUUAUCUCUACUCAAAGGGUUGCCUUCUGCAGUGAGAGACCAAUCAAAUUCUCUUCAAAUGGUGAAUUGGUUAGAUUCCAUUACAAGGUCUCAAUCCUACUGAGAAAGGUAAAGAGAGUAGACCCAAGUGAGAAUGUGAAAAACCCAUCUCAGAAGUACAUGAAAAUAGUCACUGUGGAUAAUUUUGACUUCUGGUUUAUGGGGUUCUUGAAUUACCAGAAAUCUUUCAACUGUCUCCAACAGGCACUAUCUUAAUCUUGAAUGAGUUACAAGAUUCAAGCAGAAAUGGUUUUCCUCUGCUUCAUUAGAUGUAUUUACAUGAAGCAAAAACAAAGCUUCUACACGGCCCAAAACUCUGUAUAAAGUAUUUGUCAAUGAAAAAUUGAUCUCCGAUUUUUCAACUAUUGUUAUAUAGAAUGAGCUCCACCGAAGUGAUUGAUGUUUUAUAAGUUUUAUGCAUGCAUUCUUACACUUGGGGUUUAUCUCAA